AUGUCCGAUUCUUGGACCGAUUGUUGGUCAUUUUGGACUCCAUUGAUGACGUCGUUGAUUUCUUUUCGGAGUGUGGAUAGUUUGGAAGGAUGCCGUAAAAGCUCUGUCAUUGCCCAUUCCACUGUGCUUGAUGAAGUGUCCGUGCCAGCUGCAAAUAAGUCCUGCAUUACAAGUCAAAACAAAUCAAGCUGUUUGAAUUUUAUGCUUAAUAUCGUCUCUGCUCAAUUCAGCCUUGAGAUGAAGCUCAAUAAGGGCCUCCAACAAGUCAUCCUUAAUAUUAUUAUUAUCUCCUCUGCACCUCAACUUCUCAUCAAUAAUCCUAUCAAAAAUCUGAAACAGCCGCCCGAAAUAAUACUCCGUGUCCCUCUGGAUCCCCUGCGGGUCGACCCGUCUGAGAACCGGGAAGAAAUCGGCCAAAUUGGGCUUCCCAAUGGAGCGCAUCACCCCCCAGACAACAUCCCGGAUCUCGUGAGACGAGCCCGACCCGAACCCCGCAAACUCCUCAGAGAAGAGGGUGGCCGACAUGAGGUUGAGGACAGUCGUGAACGCGGCCUCCCCCACGUCCACGGCCCGGCCCGAAUCACGGCAGGACUUCACAUACCCACCUGGCCCAACUUCUCCCUCCGCAGGCCCUGGCCCGAGUCGAGCCGUGGGCCCGAGAACAACUGCUCCCGGCAUAUCUUGCGGAGCUUCCGCCACUGCACGUCCACCGGGAGCCACACCAUGGAGAACACGUCCACGGCUCGCGCGGCUUCCGGCGAGGAUAUGACGACAGUUGUUAUGGUUCCGAGCUUGAGGGACAUCACGGGCCCGUACUCUCGGGAGAGCUUGGCCAGUGAUUGGUGGGGUUUCGGGCCGAGGACGAGGAUGUUGCCGAUUAUUGAGAGGGGAAAAGGGCCCGGAGGAAGGUUUGUGGGCCUACGGGCCCUGGAGUUUAGGAUGAUGACGGUGGAAAUCCAGAUGAUGGAGAUUAGAAGGAGAAGCGGUGAAAGAUAA